AUGGCCAAUGACUCCUCUCAUAACACCACCACCACCACCACCAAUCACAGCCACCACUUCACUUUUGGACACCUCCUCCUCUUCACAAGCUUCAUAACCUUCUUUGCACUCCUAACCAUCCUCUUAUGCUGUUGCUGCAUCCUCCUCCUAAUCCAAAACAGGCUACAUCGGAGAGGCGGUGAUGCCGCGACCUCCACCGCCUCCUCAGCUGCGACGCCGACAACCGCUACCGCUUCCGAAGCCCUUUCGAAACUAUCCGUCUUCGUGUUUUCUUCUUCUUCUUCUCCUUCUGCGGCGGGGAUGAAUGGAAAGAAGUUAGAGUGCGCGGUGUGCUUGGCGGAGUUCAAAGACGGCGAAAAGGGCCGGCUACUGCCGAGGUGUAACCACAGUUUUCAUAUAGAGUGUAUAGAUGCGUGGCUCGAUUCUCGUUCUACAUGUCCAUUAUGUCGCGCCACGGUUUAA